AUGUACUUGGCAACCGGAAAUUCUUCCUACCUCAAUCUCAUUACUAGUCCUGAAUUGGAUGAGAAAGUUGGUUCCAUGUGGCACAGUGUGUUUUCUUGGGACAAUAAGCUUCCCGGUGCUGUGUUGCUUUUGCUCGCUUCAGAAUAUUCCGAGAAAUUUAACAGAACAAAGGGAGGGUUGAUCAUGUUAAACCAUGGAAAUCCACGCCCUCUUCGGUACGUGGCGAAUGCAGCAUUCUUGACUAAGCUAUAUAGUGAUUACAUGGGGUCAACGUGCUAG